UGUGCGCGAAUCUCUAUCAGUCGGCGACGGAGUUGCCUGGUGGUUGCACCGUGGGUAGUAAGUGCGCGCGUCGACGCGAUCAGCUCGAUUCGAUUAAACUCCGUCUGCUACGCUGCAGCCCUCGUUCUCCGCGAAUAAGGUGAGACCUCGUACUGUGGCUCGUUAUGUCGAGUGUCAUCAUCCCCUCGCGCGUAUGUUAGAGUCGCGUGUGAGACACGAAUCAGGAUAAACGCGAUUCACACGUUUACCGAUGUACUCCAGAGACACGUAGAAUCAUAUCGCAAUUGGCCGCCUCCCAUUCGUAUGUCUGCUCACGGCCUGGGUGCAAAAGAUAAUUGAAAGAAACCUUGUGACGUUUUUUUGCGACAAUUCUGUGCAUACGAACAGCGAGAUAAGUACACACUGUUCCAGAAUAUCAUCGUUCUUGUGCAAAAGACAGAUGUACAAAUCUUGCGGAUACACAUCGGAUACGAUCUUUUACGUAUUUAAAAUCUAAAAUUUUUAAGAACAAGAAACCUCAACGAAAUAGUAAAUCUGCGAAAUACGGCGGCUGCUCGAUGAUCAUCUUUUCUUGUCAAGGGAAAGACGAAGAAGCUAGGGAUGAAGAGAACGAUGAUUCGAGAAAAGACAGUUGUCUAUAUCGCUAUCAGCGAUGUCGUAUGACAAAAAUAGGCGACAAGUGGCAAACAGUUGAGACGUUCUUCUUGACAAGGAUAAACCAAUCACAAAAUAUAACGAAAUUAAUAGAAGAGCGACGGAACUCACGAUAUCAUGUGGGAUCACUUUUGAUCUCUCAUGAUUCUGAAAAAAGCGUGAUCACGACAACAUGAUGUGGAAGGCGAAAUGGUCACGCUUCACCGAGUGCUUCUGCCGACGUCCUGGCCUUGUUCUGAUUCUGCUGCCAUGUUUGAUCGUUAUCACUCUCUACCUUGUUUCUAGCGAUGAGUAUGAAUUUGAUGUCUUACAAUAUCCGUCCUUCAAGUCAUACAACGUCGUUGAAGGUAUGGUGGACGGUUACCUCGUAUGGAAUCCGAAAUGUCAUAUGGUCUCCAAAAAGCCUUUGGAUCCGUCCAUCGUAAAAUUUGUGAGGAAGGAAAAACUGGAAAAAUGUCCCAAUGAUCGCGUCUUCUCGCAAAUUUCAAGGGAACCUAAUGGCAGCGUGUUUCUUUCCAUCGAUCCUGCCAUAAAGACUAUGCAUAGCAACGUCGCCUGCUGCUGGUCCUCCGUAGUCAGACCUAAAGUGGAUAGGCCGAAGAAGGACAACUAUGACUCUACGAUAUCAGUCAAGCAGUGCGAGAACUUGACGGAAUAUGUGGUACUUCCGCGCGAAAUAGAGGUAGCGUAUGUAUCAUGCAAGGCAAAGACGAAGGCAAAGCCUAAAGCAAAGACGAAGAAUAUAAAGCUAACGAAUACGAUAUAUGAGAACGUUCACGCUAUCUUGAAUCCUGAAAAGGUACGCGAACGUAUAGACUACAAUGGCAGUCAAUCCGGGAAUUUUUCAAGAAAGCUGAGUGUUCUCUUCCUCGGUAUCGACAGCGUUAGUCGAUUAAACUUUUACCGAACUAUGCCAAAAACCGAGAGAUAUCUACGCGAAACUGGCUGGAUUGGCCUGAAGGGCUAUAACAAGAUUGGCGACAAUACGUUUCCGAAUCUAAUGGCGAUUUUGACUGGUCAAACGCCACAACAGGCAUACUCGCGGUGCAAGCCAACAGUGGCCUACAAGCUCGAUAAUUGUCCCUUUCUCUGGCAUAACUUCCGUAAUGCCGGCUAUGUCACGGCCUACGGCGAAGACGAGACCAUCCUUAACACGUUCAACUACCUGAAGGUUGGCUUUGUCGAGCCGCCUACGGAUUACUAUUUAAGACCCUAUAUGCUGGCCAGUGAGAAACUUCUCAAAAUCAAGAAAAGAUUCAAUAUGAAGUACUGUACUGGUCCUGAAUUGAGCUUUGAACGGAUCUUCAAUUAUGCUGUAAACUUUGCUCAAACUUUCAUUGGUGUACCAUAUUUCGGUUUCUUCUGGACAAACACGAUCAGUCACGAUAACAUGAAUAGCAUUUCAUCGAUGGAUACUCGUGUGUUGAAGAGAUUUGAAUUUUUAGAACAAGAAGGAAUACUAAAUGAUUCGAUGAUAGUCUUCCUAAGCGAUCACGGCAUGCGCUGGGGAGAGUUUCGCAACACCUUUGUUGGUUGGUACGAGGAAAGAUUGCCGUACAUCUACAUCUGGUUGCCUGAAUGGUUCCGUCGAGAGAAUCCUGAGACCCAUCAAGCUCUCGUGGUGAAUCAGAAUCGAUUCACAUCACCGUUCGAUCUCUACGAAACAUUGCGAAAUAUUCUUGUCAUUGGAGGUGGCGAUGCUGAUUCUAGUCCAGGAUGUUCUACCUGUCAAUCCCUUUUUGCGCCUAUUUCCAGAAAAAGGGGCUGCCAGGACGCAGGUGUGGCUUAUCAUUGGUGCACUUGUACAGCCUUCAAGUCGAUUAACGUCAAUGAUAAGAUUGUCACUGGUGGUUUGCAAAAAUUCCUGGACCAUGUUGAGAGCAUUGUAAAAAGUUACAAAGAUAAAAAAGGCCGGCGAUUGUGUGCACGACUCAAGUUGAAGAAAGUGCACCGGGUUGAUCAGGUAAUCGAUUUUGGUACGGAUGGCCCGUCUAGCGUCGCAUAUUUCUACAUGAUUCAGACAACACCUGGCAACGGCAAUUUUGAAGUAACCAUAAGAUAUCACGGUGACGGCAAUUACACUGUAUCCGAUAGCGAAGUCAGCAGAAUCAAUCCUUAUUCUAUGAGUGCCAAGUGUUUGAAUCACGGUAUGAAGCAGUACUGUCACUGCAUGAAGUAAACUGUACGAGCCUAAGAAAUAUUAGGUUUGAAUACGUUGUCGCAACUUUAUACUUUAUUAGUGAAUGACUUAAUCGCUUCAGAAACGAGUCAACUUUUUUAAAUUAGAAAAUCGAUGACUUAGGAAAAAAGCGUUUUUCAAAUUAAAAAUAUAUAGAGUCAAUAAAAAAUUAUUUAGACAUUACUUUAAAUAACUUUUAUGAAACUCAAGAAAUAUCUCGACGCGUUUGAUGUAUUGCAAUAAGCUUUACUUUUAUGAUAUGUGUUUUUUUCAUGUCCUUCUACGAUCGAUUAAACUUUUACUUUAUAAAUGCUUUAUUCAAUAUGUAUUGUGCAACGAUUCCGAAUCGAUUUUAGUUUAACACGCAAAUGUGUGAGGUAUAUUUUUGUUGAUAUGCUUGGUACAUAUCAAAUACAAAAGUUGAUUACCUCAUCUCAAGGAACUAGGGACCUGAGUAUGAGUAUACAUGAACAUAUUUUUGUUUACUAAAAAUAGCUUCCUAAAAAUUGUUCUAAAGCCACAACUUACUAUUUAAAAAAUAAAGGAUAAUAUUAAUGAAUUUAAUUCAUUGAUCUUUCUAAAUAAAAUUAUUGUUAACAAAUGGAAAUUUAAUAUAAGCUAAAUGUCAAAAAUUAUAAAUGAUAAAAAAAUAUGCCUCAUUUGUUACAACAACGACAUAAUUCGAAAAACAAAAUUUUCCGAUUUGAAUGUUUUAAAUCAUUAAAAUUUUGUAAUGUGAUUUUUAAAUAAAAUUUUGGUAUAACCCAGGAGAUAGUAGAAAAGUAACAUAUUGUAACAUUACCGUUAUUGUUACUCUAUUUCAUAACAAUUAUUGCUUUUUUGUCUGUAAUAAUGGUAAUGUCUUUAUAUUUUCACAGUAACAAACUUUGUUGUUUUUUUAUUGUUAUUUUGGUUUCUUAUUAUCUUUAUACCUAUUCAAUAGAUUGGAGCACUUUUUCAAUAUGCACAUACACAUAGUAAUCGGCGUGCUAGAUCAAAGGUUAUGUACAAAAUAAAUGCAAAUAUAAAAAUUAUUUUUUUAUAUUUUAUAAUAUCUUUAAAUAUUAUAAAAUAUUUUGUAGCUUGUAUUUUAGGCUGUAUUCUGAUAGUCAUUACCAAUGAAAGAUACUAAGGUUAGUUAACACGUUAACUGCCACGCCGGUCCCCCUAGGAACCGUCGCUAGAAUUUCCGUUCAGGUUUCACCGGUCCGUACGAACCGGCGGCAAACUUCUUGUUAUCACCGCGCGCGUGUCGAUCCUUGCGUACUUAUGAGACUAAACAUUUUUUUAAUUUAGGCGACAUCGGUUUUUGUUUAGUCAAUGUUUUAAGGAAAAGAAUAUAAUACUUAAAACAUUAAUGUAAUUUAUUAAAACAAGAAAAACAAAGGUGAGGUUUGUUUGUACAUUCAUUACAGAAGGUUGUAACUUUUUGCGUUACAUUUUUUGUUAUUUUUAAUACGAAUCCAAAAGUAUUUAUUACAAUUGGAAAAAGUCAGGCUCUCGAGUGCAACUCAUUUGCAAGUGGAGAGGAAAACAAACGAAGACAAGCCCCAGUCCUCAAGUCGGGUUACAUUACCUGACAUUUGUUUCCACUCUAGCUCGCUUAUCGACGAGUGGUCCGGAAGGGCCUGCUUGACGGCUAACUGUGGCGUGAACGGAACGGCAGGUAAAACUGGCGUGGCUGUUAACGAAUUUUCAAUUAAAAAUUUUUACAUUUAAAUCUAAGAGAUUUAUCAUAAAAAUAAAUAUUGUAUCAAUUAUUAGUUGCCUUAGACUAUCCGAUAUUUUAAUAAAAAUAAAAAUUAAUAAUUCAUAUAAAGAAUUAAUAUUCUUCAAAUAAUCACAUUAUUCAAAAAGUCAGUCAUUAUUCGUGCGAUCCCAAGCAGAACAGGGAGUCAUUACGACGUCAAAAUGAUGUCAAAGUUACUAUAAAAUGAUCAUAAAAGUCAUUUUUCGAUUAACUAGUGUUGUGUCGCAUUAUUCUGCAUGAAUAGAUAAUUUUGUCUUUGUUUCUUGUAAGGUUUAACAUAUAAAAUAAUAACUUCUUUAAUAUAUUAAAAUGUUAUAGGCAAGUAAGAAAAUAAUGGUUUCAGACUUUUAGGAAAAUAGCUUUUAAAUAAACAAAUGCUAUCUGUCUGGUGAAUAGCUUUCAUCCUUUUAUUUGUAUUCAUAUAUGAUUUUUGAAGGCAAAUAACAUUUACCUGAACUACUUAGGAAAAUGAAAAUAAAAUUUAAUUUAUAGUUAAAAUACAAUAUAGUGGAAAAAUUCAAAUAUAUGAGAGUAAAAAUCGAGUAGGUAUAACUUAAUC